AUGAAGCACGACCAGGAGGAAGUGACGUUACGCCCCGCAGAUGCUGCAACUGGAAAGGUGGUGAGUGCUUCAAGUAGCGUGUCCGAUGCGUCGGAAGAGGAAAGCUCUUCCUCGUUUCAGGCUAUGAGCCGCGGAGACAAGCAGGGCUUUCUACUGCUUGUGCUGCUAUACACGCUACAGGGUGUGCCGAUCGGCCUUGCAUUUGGUACAAUGCCAUUUCUGCUUAGGUCUCACGUUGGCUAUGCAGAAAUCGGUACGUUCAUGCUAAGUACCUACCCGUACUCGCUCAAGCUACUCUGGAGUCCUAUUGUGGACAGUCUAUUUGUUAAAGAGUGGCGCGUCCCGCUGCUAGGCUAUACGUUAUCCCUCGGCCGUCGAAAGAGCUGGGUAGUACCGGUGCAACUGCUAGUUGGCAUUACACUUUUUGUUCUCUCGUAUUUUGUGGACUCUAUUGUUACCCGAAGCGUUGACAACAUAUACCUAAUCACGCUGAUUUUCUUCGUGCUAAUUUUCAUGGCGGCCACUCAAGACAUCGCCGUAGAUGGCUGGGCUCUAACGCUACUCUCCGAUGAAAAUGUGGGAUAUGCUUCGACGGCCCAAACAGUUGGUAUCAAUAUCGGCUACUUUAUGAGCUUUACUGUGUUUCUUGCGCUCAAUAGUGUCGAGACGUGUAAUAAAUAUCUGCGCUUCCAGCAUAAAAACACACCUAUUCUCUCGUUAUCUGGAUACUUGCAAAUUUGUGGUGCCUGCUUUAUUCUUCUCACGCUAUGGCUACUUUUCUUCCAGCCAGAAAAGAGCGAGGAGGACGAAGAAGAAAUGGGCUUGAUGGAAGUGUAUAAUGUAAUUUGGAGGAUAUGCAAAUUGAAGCAUGUACAGCAACUGAUCAUUAUCCAUAUGAUUUGUAAACUUGGCUUUCAAGCUUUCGAUGCUGUGCAUGGGCUCAAGCUAGUUGAGCAUGGCCUCGGUAAGGAAGAUUUGGCUUUUGCCGUGCUCAUUGACUUCCCCUUCCAAAUCGUAUUUGGUUAUCUCGCUGCGUCCUGGUCCAAAGGCAAUCAUGCGCUGGAGCCAUGGCUUAAAGCGUUUGUAUUCCGCCUUCUUUUCGCUGCAGCUAGUAUGGGUAUAUUGGCUGGUAUGCCCACGCCGCCCAACAGCAUUAGCUCAUCAUACUUUAUGCUGAUCAUUGCCUCGACUGUGCUUAGCAGCUUCGCAGGUACAGUUCAGUUUGUGGGCAUUUCCGCCUUCCAUACCCACAUUGCAGACCCUGUUAUUGGUGGCACGUACAUGACGCUGCUGAACACGGUAAGCAACUUGGGCGGGACCUGGCCACGAUACUUCGUGCUGAAAAUGGUUGACUUUUUCACAAUUUCGCAGUGCGCAGCACCACCGGGAAUCAACAUGAAAAAGGUAACUACGAUGCUGGGACGUGCCAAUGCCACGUUGAGUCUUGGCGAAUGUGCUACAGAAGCUGGAAAACAGCGUUGCCAUGCCCAGGGUGGUGUCUGCCAUAUUGCGCAAGACGGAUAUUAUUGGACCAACACUAUCUGUGUGACUAUCGGUGCCCUUACCUUCUUCUUCUUUAUUUACCCGGUGAGCCGUCGCUUGCAAAAGCUGGCGCCAUCUACCUGGCGCAUAGCGGCCCACGCCCAUUCUCAUUAG